UAUAUUUGUAAUGAAUUAUUAUGAAUCUAAAUUUACAAUGAUCUGUAUACUUUUUUUUCUAUUAAUGUUGUAACAUUAAUUAUUAUUUUUUUAAUUUUAUUAACUUGUCGAACCCGUGUCCAAAUUUGGGUAGGUAUCCCCAUAUCUUAACUUUUAGAAAUAUAAAUACACGAAUACUUCAAUAUGUACCCUUUCCGACACCCGCCACCUAUAUCCGAGUCCAUGUAACAUAGACAAGUACCAGAGGACCAAGUUUCAUUGUGAACUCUCUGCCUCAAGGACGCGGGUGAAGUUUGGGUGCGGCAAAUAUUCUCCCCUUCAAUUGUGCAGUUUCAUACGACUUACUUCUCGAAUUGCAAAAUAUCCAGCCAAAAUCCACCAAAAUACUCCAAUUAAACACCUUUUGUCUCCGAAUGAUCCCUUCAUCUUCCAUCAGUUCACAUGAUGGACCAGCCAAACACCUACUGCUCCAAGCUUGUCCAGAAACAUAGUAUGUAUGAGAUCCUGAGGAAGAUGCAGCCACACGCUGAGUCCCUAAGGGUGGAAACUGCGCUUAAUUCCCAAAACCACAACAUGCCAGCACGCGUAGCUCGAUGUGCUGGUGCAGCUGGUGGGGCCCAGCCACCUCACGAGGAUCCUUCCAAGCUUCCCUUGCAAUGCGAGUCAGCACAGCCAGGUGCUGGCAGAAAACGCAAAGGGCGAGGACCUGCCAGAGGAAUUGAGAUUCUUCGUCGGCUGGUGCAUGGUAAGAUUCGUGUUGAUUUCGAUGAGGAAGGUGGGACUUGGAAAGCCAUAGGCGAUGAUGGGCCACUGUACGACAGUGCUGUUGGGAUAUUGACCCGCUACUAUUGCAAGCCCAUUUAUGAUAGCUGGGCUGAGGUGCCAAUUGAGCAGCGUGUGCAGGUCCUGGAGAGGUUGCUGCGGAAAUCAAAAACGAAUUCAAAGAAUCGCGCAGAGCAUUCGUGGGAGAGCAAGCACGGCCGCAUAUCAUACGCUCAACACCGAUCGAAGAAGGCAAAUUCAUCAAUAAAUAUAUUACAAGCAGCAGCCAGUACCAGUGGCCGUGUAAACGAGCGUGCAAUAAUGGAGGAGACUUUUGGCCGGAGAAGAGGCCACAUGACUGGUGUGGGCCCCAGCCUCUCACGUAGGGCCCCAACUGCAGGCCCACAAGCACCCGUGCUGCUGCCUUGGGGUUUGGACUUGCAGAACGUGAGUCGAGACCAGCUGGUCAGCCUAGUCCAGCACUUGAUUGGGCUGCUAAGGCAGUGGGCCCCCAACGUGCAGAUUCCCCAAGUCUUUCCUGGGCCAUCUGGCGGGUCCAAUUCGCGUAACCCAAACAGGUUCAACGAUGGUGCUGAGGAUUUGGAUUUGAAUGAUUAG